AUGAAGAACGAAGAUAUUUUAAUAGUAUCUGGGGAUUUUAAUUUGUCACGAUUGGAUUGGUAUACUGAUGAUGCUGAAGAUGCUGACAUAGCCAUUCCAAUAAGUGCUUCAUCUGAAAAAGAAAUGGUCGUUUUGGACACCUGUCAUGAUCUGGGCCUUAUGCAAAUCAACAAAAAUGGCAACUUGAAUGGAGCUAUGCUUGAUUUAGUUUGGACUAACAGCACCGAUUUCGUCAAUUGUUCCAAAAAUGAUUAUCACCUACUGAACCAGGAGUCACAUCACAAAUCGUAUGAGAUAAAUAUUGGUAAUUUUGAUUGUAACCAAUUUAAACCAACUUCGAAUUAUAGUUACCGAGAUUUUGUGAAUGCCGAUUACGAUACCAUAAAUGAGUCGCUGAAUGACGUCGAUUGGAUGGAAAUGUUUUCCGGUGAUGAUUUGGACUCGCAUAUCACAAAGUUCUACGAACUGAUUGAUUCAGUAAUUUCAUCGAAUGUUGUGAUGAAAACAAAGAAGCUUUCAAGUCACCCAAAAUGGUUUAAUAAUGACCUUAUCAAUUUGAAGAAUAGAGUCAAUAAUCAGUACAAAUACAUAGCAUCCAGACAUACCAUUGAAGAAAAAAACUACGCCAAAAAAGAACACUCCAAAUUGAGAAGAGAAUACAAAAAGAGCGCACGUUUGGCAUAUAGAAACUACAAACUCGAAAUGGAAAACCUUAUCAAUGAAGAUCCACAGAAGUUUUUCGAAUUCGAUAAUGGUUCCAAAAAGACGAAUGAUGAUCUUCCGAAUGAAAUGGUUCUUGGAGAUAAGAAAAGUAGUAACCGAGGUGAGAUAGCAAAAUCUUUCGCAACACAUUUUUCCAAAGCGUACACUGAACCGGAUUAUACCAAAAAUGAGAAUUAUUCUGAAGAUGAACCAUUGCUAAAGGAUCUGUGUGCUAAAUUUCCAACUAUCAACAUUACUGAGGAAAUGGUUAUGGAUACGAUAAAUAACCUUCCAAACAACAUGGUAUCUGGACCUGAUGGAAUACCAAAUAUUUUUGUCAAAGAAUGUACUACAGCACUGUUGAAACCAAUAACACACAUGCUGAAGAAAUCAUUAGACACUGGAUUUGUACCUGAAAUUUGGAAAAGAAUGAAAAACCAAAUACAAACCGAUGCAAUUUACUUGGAUAUUGCGAAGGCCUUUGACUCGGUCAACAUUGAUUUACUAAUACGCAAAUUGGAUAUUAUGGGACUGAAUCAACAAUUGCUCAAGUGGAUCAAAUCGUAUUUGCAUGGUCGCCAACAGAUUGUCAAAUUGAAUGAAACCAGGAGUCACAUCACAUAUCGUAGUGGAUUAUUUUUGUCAGACGCAAAGGGUCGUGAUUCGAAACGCGGAAACCGUCUAAAUAUUGACUUCGAGGAAGAUGAAGAAUAG